UCCGGUUCCGGGUUAAUGUCACCGUGUGGUUAUUUUCUGUUAUACUAGAAAACAUUACGGAAAAUUUGCGUGGUUUACAAAUUGUGAAUAAGAUGAUCUCGUUGAAACCAUUACAGAAAUUCAUAACUAUAGCCAUGCAAUGAAUGUAGCACAGGUGAAUGUGAGAGGAUUUCCAUCAAGACAUCUGUAACGUUUCUAAACGAGUCAGUAUGGCGAAUCUGGAACAGUGGGUCAAUGACCGUCUCCAUGACAUCCUGGGUCUGAGUGAUAAGUAUGUGGCCCAAUUUAUGAUCGGCUCUGCCCGCCGAUCAUCUGGACCCGAGGACUUCCUGAACCGCCUCCGGGAGACUGGCACCAUCGAUAUUGACCAGAGGGUAUCUGCUUUUGCACAGGAGCUGUAUGCCAAGAUUCCCCAAAAGCAAACUGCGGAGAAACCAGCCCGGGCUGUGGAACGGCAGGCCCUGGAACUGGAAAAGAAAAACCGCACGUACACUUUACUGGAGGACAGCGACAGUGGGGGGGAAGUCGUUGUGCAGAAGGGGGAGAAAAAGAAGGAUAAUGACAGGGGGAGGAAAAGGAAACACCUUCGGAAGAAAAGGGAGGAGAGUCCAUCAUCUAGUGAGGAAGAAAAGAGCAAAAGCAGUAAGAUGACUGCGGCAGAGCAGGAGGUGCCAGGCAAGAAAGAGGAAGAAGAGGAGGAGGAGGAGGAGGAGUGGGAGAAGGAAGAGAGGGAGAGACUUCAAGACCUGGAAGAGAGGGACGCUUUUGCGGAGCGGGUCAAGUUAAAAGACAAGGACAAGACACGGCACAUACUGGAGAGAAAUGACAAGAAGGCAUAUGAGGAGGCCCAAAAAAGACUGAAGAUGGCCGAGGAGGAUCAGAAGCAGAUGAUCCCGGAGCUGCGAAAGCAAUCCCGCUGGAAGUACCUGGAAAAGCGCGAAGCGGAGAAGCUGGAGGACCUGGAGGCGGAGAUCGCCGACGAGGAGUACCUCUUCUCCAGCCACAUGAUGACGGACCGGGAGCAGAAGGACCUCGAGUAUAAGCGAACGCUCCGGGAUCUGGCCAAGGAUUACAAGAAGGCUGGAGCCAAGGAGAAAGAGGAGAGGAAGAACAGAUAUUACAUGCCAGAGGAGUCGAGGACUAAGACUGUCCCCCAGAAAGACCUUGAGCUGGACCUGGAGGAGAGCGGCCACGAGGUGGGGGGAGAGCAGAGCCGCUGGGAAGAGGAACGACUGGGGGCCGCUGCCCUGUGCUUCGGGGCCAAGGCCGAGCGGGAGCGCGGCAUGAAGGAGGAGAACGAGAAGUACCAGCUGGUGCUGGAGGAAGACGAGAUGAUCAGCUUCGUCAGCACCAUCACCAUGAAGGGCACGCUGAUGGAGAAGGGUGAUUCUGAACCUGUGAUUUCUGAAGCUGAGAAACAGAGGCAGUCUAUCCAGGAAGUGCGGCGAAGUUUGCCCAUAUACCCCUAUAGGUCUGACCUGCUGUCUGCCAUCGAGCAGCACCAGGUCCUCAUCAUCGAGGGCGAGACGGGAUCUGGCAAGACCACACAGAUUCCCCAGUACCUGCUGGAGGAGGGUUACACGAAAGGAGGAAUGAAGAUUGGAUGCACCCAACCCAGGAGGGUGGCUGCCAUGUCUGUGGCAGCCAGAGUGGCUCAGGAAAUGGGCGUCAAGCUCGGCAACGAGGUGGGAUACAGCAUCCGCUUUGAGGACUGCACCUCGGAGCGUACCGUGCUGAAGUACAUGACCGACGGCAUGCUGCUGCGGGAGUUCCUCACUGAACCAGACCUGGCCAGCUACAGCGUGGUGAUCAUCGACGAGGCCCACGAGCGCACACUGCACACCGACAUCCUCUUCGGCCUGAUCAAGGACAUCGCCCGCUUCCGGCCCAACCUGAAGGUGCUGGUGGCCAGCGCCACCCUGGACACGGAGCGCUUCUCCAGCUUCUUCGACGACGCUCCUGUCUUCCGAAUCCCGGGGAGGAGGUUCCCCGUGGACAUUUAUUACACCAAGGCCCCGGAAGCAGACUACCUGGAAGCCUGCGUGGUGUCGGUGCUGCAGAUCCAUGUGACUCAGCCCCCAGGCGAUGUGCUGGUGUUUCUCACAGGACAGGAGGAGAUCGAGGCCUGCUGCGAGCUAAUGCAGGACAGGUGUAGGCGCCUGGGCUCCAAGAUCUCCGAGCUCAUUAUACUCCCCAUCUAUGCCAACCUGCCCUCCGACAUGCAGGCGAAGAUCUUCAACCCCACGCCUCCUGGAGCCCGCAAGGUCGUGGUGGCCACCAACAUCGCCGAGACGUCGCUCACCAUAGACGGCAUCAUCUACGUCAUCGACCCCGGGUUCUGCAAGCAGAAAAGCUACAACGCGAGGACGGGGAUGGAGUCGCUCAUUGUCACACCGUGCUCACGGGCUUCCGCAAACCAGCGUGCCGGCCGAGCCGGCCGAGUGGCUGCUGGGAAGUGUUUCCGGCUCUACACAGCCUGGGCUUUCAAACACGAGAUGGAGGAGACCACCGUGCCGGAGAUCCAGAGGACCAACCUGGGCAACGUGGUGCUGCUUCUCAAGAGCCUGGGUAUAAAUGACCUGAUUCACUUCGACUUCAUGGAUCCGCCCCCUCAUGAGACUCUGGUCCUGGCGCUUGAGCAGCUCUAUGCACUGGGUGCUCUCAACCACCUCGGGGAGCUCACCAAGUUGGGUCGCAGGAUGGCGGAGUUGCCAGUGGACCCCAUGCUGAGCAAGAUGAUCCUGGCCUCAGAACAAUACAAGUGCUCCGAGGAGGUGUUGACCAUCGCUGCCAUGCUGUCUGUGAACAACUCCAUCUUCUACCGGCCCAAAGACAAGGUGGUGCACGCAGAUAACGCCAGGAUGAACUUCGUUGUGCCUGGUGGCGAUCACUUGGUGCUGCUAAAUGUCUACACACAGUGGGUCGAGAGCGGCUACUCCACCCAGUGGUGCUAUGAGAACUUCAUCCAGUUCCGCUCCAUGAGACGCGCCCGCGAUGUGAGGGAGCAGCUGGAAGGGCUCAUGGACAGGAUAGAGGUGGAGGUGUGCAGCUGCAGCGGGGACGCCGUUCCCAUCCGGAAGGCAGUGACAGCUGGGUAUUUCUACCACACGGCCCGGCUCAGUAAAGGGGGCUACAAGACCGUGAAGCACCAGCAGACGGUCUACGUGCACCCCAACAGCUCCCUGUUCGAGGAGCAGCCGCGCUGGCUUAUCUACCACGAGCUGGUGUUUACCACCAAGGAGUUCAUGAGACAGGUAAUAGAGAUUGACAGUGGCUGGCUGCUGGAAGUGGCCCCCCACUACUACAAGACCAAAGAGCUGGAGGACAGCAGCAGCAAGAAGAUGCCCCGUAAGCAGGGCAAAGCUCGAGAGGAGCUGGGCUGAAAAAACUCCGGUGCCCCCGGACCAAAGGAGCAAAUGAGUUUAUCCACCAGAACUCAACGCUGUGGCUUAAAUAGACUCAAGUGUGAUAACCCACCGGUUAUUGGGGGGGAAAGAGACCGAGGACUUAGAUUUACUGUAUUGGUGUAUAGGGGGACCAUAUUUUGGACUGGCAACAACGGGGAUAACGUGUUGAGUGUCGCUUGUGAAAACAACCUGGCGGAUACAGCGCUAGAGGUGCCGGCCUCCAGCUGGAAGACCCUUCGAAGGAGAGCGGUUCACGUGUGGCUUUGCGGAGGACGGUGGAGCGGGGCUGCCUGUCACAAGACGCCGUGCUCAUAGCGCUUUUUCAGGGGCGUCCUGGGUGGAAGCAGAAAGAACUGGUUUGCGAUGGAAACACUGAUACUGGUAAAUGCCAGUCUGUAAUCUCUAGGAUGCCUGUAGGCAAAAGGUUACCAAUGGAACACUGAUGUGGAAAGGGCUGCAUAAGCGAGGGGUGACCUGAAACGAUUACUAAGCAGUACUACCGUCGUCGUUUCCAGGGGAGACGAGCGCGUCGACCACGCACCGAUGCAUGGGUGUGUGCACCACACACCUUGCAUUUAAUGUCUAAUCUACCAGUCCCCUGUGUAAACAGGUAGCAUUGGCUUUGUUCGUUUUUAUUGUUGCUUUUUACUGCAAUGAGAACAGUUUGUUUUGAACCUAAGCCUUCAUUCUUUAUUUUUUUUUUGUUUGUCCUGUUUUAGCCUGUUUGUUCAUGGUAGGUGAAGACUUUCCAGGCUAUUAGCGCAGUAAAAUGAACAGGUCUAACAGGUUUGCUUGUACUCUUUUUUUAUUAUUUCUGACGCCUGCCUCACAGAUGCAUCACAGAGCGCGGUGGGGGGAGGGGGGGGGACGGCAUUUGACAUCGCGUCCCGUCUAACUAAUGGCUGUUUUGAAAUUGAUUUUUGUAAUAAAACUUACAAAAUGAAAAA